AUGUUAUGGAAGGGCAACUACUAUUUCGACACUGUCCUGCCAUUUGGCCUACGCUCCGCUCCCAGUCUGUUUAACUGCCUGGCUACCGCCCUAGAAUGGAUCCUCCGUAAUAACUACAGUAUCCCUGCACUGGAGCACUAUUUGGCUGACUUCGUAUCAGUGUCUCCAGCAGCCGAGUCUGUCACAUCCUCUGCGGCCGCGACCCACAAAGCCACUAUUCUGCAGGUCUUCGCAAAACUGGGUGUCCUAACAGCAGACGGCCCGGACAAAGUUGUUGGCCCCGCCACCUGCCUCACAGUGCUUGGCAUCGACAUUGAUUCAGCGGCAGGGGAGCUGCGGCUCCCAGACGAGAAGCUCCGUACAUUGCGGCAACUCCUAGCAGCCUGGGCCACCCGGCCAUCAGCGUCCAAACACGAACUCCAGUCCCUCGUUGGCCACCUGGCGUUCGCCGCCAAGGUCGUGCCAGCCGGUCUCACCAGCCCUGCCGCGGCCGUCCGCCUCACCAGUGAGGCUCUCGCCGACAUCAAAUGGUGGCAGGAGUUCCUCCCACUAUGGAACGGAAAGGCCCUCCUACGCGACCCCGUAUGGUCAAAGGCCCCGGACCUGGAAUUGUUCACCGACGCGUCUGGCAUUGGUUUCGGCGGCUUUUACCAGGGUCGUUGGUUCGCGGGCACAUGGUCAGCGGCGCAGCAGGCCCCACCGUACACGUCCAUAAUGUGGAGAGAGAUGUGGCCCAUCGCCAUUGCCUGCCAACUCUGGGGCCCCCACUGGGCACAGAAGAAGAUCCUCCUGCACUGCGAUAAUUCAGCAGUGUGCACUGCCUGGGAGUCCGGCACAUGCCGACACGCCGGGGUCAUGGCACUGAUACGCAGCACCAUGCAACUCACCGCUCGCCACAACUUCUGCCUGCUCGUCCGUCACAUCGCCGGCGUCGACAACAGCAUCGCAGACGCACUCUCCCGGGCCCAGUUCCAGCGCUUCCGCCGUCUGGUUCCCGACGCGGAGACUGCCCCAUCGUCACUCGCCAGUGCCCAAUCCGACAACAGAUAG